AUGAACAGAGCAAAGUUACAAGCAGUGGAGUCUGGGGUGAGAGGUCAAGGGACCAACCAGGCUACAGCCUCUAAACAAGGGCUUAAAGCAGCAGCAGCAGUAGAAAGUGGGCAUACCGCAGCAAGUGGAGCAAAGAGCCCGUCCUCAGCAGCUGGCAGCAAGACCAAAAAUGUGACAACAAAGACUAAAACCUCCACAGAGAGCACAAGGGUGGUAACUUCCAGUGAUAUGCCACCACAGAGGGAACCUAGAAAUGAUAAAACUGUUUCUAUGUUACCAACAUCGAAGGACCAAAGCACCGGUCCCACAAGUCCUAAGUCUAAAAUCCCCAAAAGGUCAGCAUCAGAUGCUGAUGUGAAAUCACCAGUGACACCAGAUAAACCUUCAGUGACUGAUGCCUCUGGGUCAGUGGUCAAUUCCAAACUGCAGAAACAACCCAGAAGCAAAGAAGCUUUGAAAUCUCCACUCACUGCCACAAAAGCUGUCAGGAAACAAAGUUUUGAAGAGAAAGCUCAGUCAGGAGACAUUUCUCCCACUAAAACAACACACAAGACAGGAACAAAGCUUAUUAAGGCAAAACCAGAUGAGGAUGGUAACUCUAUAAACCUGGUAAAUGGUGUGGAGAAAGACAACGAGGAGAGCAGUAUCAGAACAGGACACCCAGCUGACAGGGAGGGCCCUGGUGUCAAAAAACAAGGGAGAAGCUGUCUGGAGAAUAAUGCCUCCCUGGCAACAACGAGUCGGUUGCCCAUUUCAUCUCCGACAAGAAAGAGGAACGACGAGAUAAUUCAAAUCAUUGGCACCAAUGAUAGAAAAGCAACAUCUGGUCAGACGGAUUCAGACAGAUCCAGCACAGUCCAGAAGCAGAGUCCAGAGCAGCAUGAAGUAACUCCUGGCGACAGACCCGGUAGUGAGACGCCAACCCCGCUCCCGGACAGUCCCAAGAAAGUAAGCAUUCUGUCAACCAAACCAUCCAAAAACCUCUCUAAAAGAAGCAUUAGCCAUGAAGAGAUUGACACACCCACCUUGCGUGUCUCUCCGCCUCCCACCAAGCAAGGGAAAACUGUCUCAUCGAGGCUCACCAAACAGAGCGACAACAUUAAGCACCACAAUAGUCCAGUAAAGGAUUCCCCUGAUCCCUCAUCAUCUGUGAGCAAGCUUCCUACAAGGGGUCAGAGAAGCCCCAACAAAGAGAAAUCCAUAAAACAUUCAUCAACUGAAAAUUCUGCAAGCACAUCUACAUCUAAACGGGAGGACUCCAAUCAGGACACUAACACAGAGACCGCUGUCACAGCAUCUGAGAGUGUCAUGGCAGAUCAAAUGAAGGACAAUGCCAGUAGUGACAUACCUAAAGUCAAGUCUCUGUCUACAAAGGAACAAGAGCGCAUAAUAAAACUCACAGACAAUCAGUCCAGUGCCAGUGAAAAUAAGCUGAAAGGAAAAGAGACGAAGGAAGCACUGGAGAGCAUAACCAGUCCUGCAACUGAGGAGAUUUCAAAAGUCCAACAAACACAAAACAACAAUGCCGUUAUUUCAGAAAACACACAAGUAAAUGUUUCACCAGUUACAGGCCCCGGGGCUGAGGUAUUUCCUAGCAGUGAGGUUUCUAAGGCAAUCCCAUCUCAGUCGCCAGUUAGUGAUGUGAACAAUGCUAAGAUUGAUUGCCAGCUUGAGACCAAACAACCAACAAGAGUUAAGUCUCAGAUUCAAAGUGACAACGCUACACAGGAACAAGAAACAUUGUUUUCACAGAAGACUGGUCCAGAAGAAGUAAAAGAGAAAGACAUUUUAGAGAAGACAAAGCUAAUAAGUAACAGAAAACCAGAUUUAAUCCAGGAGAGAGGCCUUCCAGAGACAAAUCUCAUCUCAGCUAAUGAGGAUUUAGCUGAUAUUUGA